AGGAAAGCUUUUGCUUCAUAGAAUAACAAUAACAAGACCUCUCUCCACCAUCAUCACAAAAAUAGAAACUUGCCCAUAAUACCUUCCUAUAAAUGACUCUCUAUUUCUUUCUCAUGUUGGCUUUCUUGUUUUUCUCACAAUGAUUAGCUGAAACCAUAAAAUCCUCAGCUAGGGUUUUCUUAGAAUUUUUCUUGCUUUCUUUUAACUUAUAAAACUCCGAAAGAAAUUCAAGAAAAAAAAAUGGGGAGAGGCAGGGUUCAGCUGAAACGGAUCGAGAACAAGAUUAACAGGCAAGUGACGUUCUCUAAGAGAAGAACUGGUUUACUCAAGAAGGCUCAUGAGAUCUCUGUUCUUUGUGAUGCUGAUGUGGCUUUGAUUGUUUUCUCAACAAGAGGGAAGCUUUUUGAGUACUCCACUGACUCAAGCAUGGAAUCAAUCCUUGAAAGAUAUGAGAGAUGCUCAUAUCUAGAGCAACAACUUGUACCAAAUGGUUCUGAACAUCAGGAAAGCUGGUCUCUGGAGCACCCCAAGCUCAUGGCUAGGGUUGAAAUCUUGCAAAGAAACCUAAGGAACUAUGCAGGACAGGAAUUGGAUCCUUUAAGUCUGAAAGAACUUCAAUAUUUGGAGCAACAAAUAGAUACUGCUCUUAAGCGCAUACGAUCAAGAAAGAACCAACUCAUCCAUGAAUCCCUUAAUGAGCUGCGGAAAAAAGAAAAGGAACUGCAGGAGCAGAACAACAUACUGGCAGAACAGGUAAAGGAAAAUGAGAAGUCACUGACUGAGCAAGCUCAAUGGGAGCAGCGAAACCUUGGCCAAAACUCAUCCUCUUUUAUGCCACCGGUAGUACAACCUCCGCUGCAGCCACCAAUGCCACCACAUCCUCCUUUAACUAUAGGUGACAGUUUCCAGAUUAUAGGAUUCCUCAACGGAAAUGAGAAUGUUGAGGUUCAAACUCCACCUAGCACCAUGCCAUCUUGGAUGCUUCGCCAUGUCAACGAUACAAUUUGAGACAUGGGAGAUCGGAAAAUAAAGGGGUUAUUGAAGUGAAGAAGAGCAUUUAUCACUUCGUUCAUAUAGCCAUCAAUGUAUUCAUCACACAAUCUCUACUAAAUAUGCUGACAAUUACAAGUGCUUGUUCACAAGAAUGUAUUUCGUAACUUUCACUAUUUCAAGACCAAGACCAGCUCCGGUGCCUUGUCAUAUCUGCAAAGGAACAAAUAUGAUGAAACAUACGAAAUAGUACAUGCAAGCCAUCACAGAGCUGAAGUGGCAAAGCUCAUGGUGACAUAAAUUGCAUGCAUGCUGACGUAACAAGAUGUGUACAAUGAGUGAAUUAAAAAGAAGGUUAACGUUCAAGCACCGAAUUAAUAUGAGAUUCACAUCAUAGUCACUCUAGA